UUUACUUAAUCUAGAAUUUUGAAUACCAAUUUUCCAGCUUCCAUUUCCAGGCAGACCACUCCUCUUCGCGCGAACUCAAGCGAUAAUCUCCCCGCGACACCGCAGCACCUGUUCAGCUAUAAGGCACCUGUGCAACAAAUGCGGGGUCGCGGCUCUCUGGCAAGGCACUGUGCGGGCGGUGCUACGGAACUCCGCUUCCUUCUCCACGCAAAUCACUAGCUUUUCUCUGUUAGUACGACUUUUUAAUGUUUGUGCUAGUAAACAAGCUGUGCGCUAAAGUUUUGAAGGCCUCUGACGUCUAUUAUCAACAAUUUCACAUGGCCUCCAGCACGAAAACAGAAAAUCCACGAUUGCCCUGUUCGGAAAACGCGUGACUUACAUCAAAAUGACACGGGUUCGUAUCUUUUUAAUGAUUUAUUUAUUCUAUUUUAUUUAUUUAAGGAAAACAUACAGCUUAAAAUAACACUGUAUAUAUCGAUACUAGCUUUUGCCCGCGACUUCGUCCCGUUCCCGUGGGAAUUUCGGGAAUUUCUUUCUUAGUGCACCUCUACGGUACCUAAGCUACGUCCCUUCCAAAUUUCAAGUGCCUACGUUUAGCCGUUUAGGCUGUGCGUUGAUAUGUCAGUCAGUCAGUUUCUCCUUUUAUAUAUUUAGAUAACACACUUUAGGUAGUACAGAAGCCAACAAAAAGAAGGAAGGUAGUGCAGAAGUAUGAUACUUGAUUGAAUACACUUCUCUACUGACAAAGAGAAAAGAUUGAAAAAAUCUUACUCAGACGAUAUUUGAACCGCAGGUCUUAUUCCCCGCCUACAAAGGUUGUGAGAACCUGCAGUAGUUUCAGGUGGAUGAGACGUUCUACAAUGUAAAAAUUGACGAUUCAAAGUAUGUAAUAAAGAUAUUUUUGAAUUUGGGACCAUAACCGGAUCCUAUAUAUUAUCCUUCUUGCAAGUUUUCCGAUCUGUAAAGUCAUUCAGUCGGUGCCAGAUAUAACAUAUGUUUUCGGACUGAUUAAACCUAGAAACAUCCCGUAAAGUAUGAUUAAAAUGCGAUUUUGGCAACAUCAUGACGACGUUUAACCGAAUUAUCUUCUGUACCUUUAAAAAUGGCUACUAAUCUGUUACAGCUGCAAAGACUACAUGGACAGGAGUUCAUACUUCCAGCAGUACAGCAAGUUCUGGACUACGUUUCUGGCGAGCAACAUGGCGGCUCUGGCCGAGAGCGCUACCACCACCCCCAUUGACAACGUCGCCCGCAGGCUCUCCAGGGAACAACCCGUGGAUUUGAAGUGCAAAGGCAAAAGGAUUAUACUUCGAGGGUUGAGCCAGUGCGCGCGUACGAUCGCCGUGACUGAAGGUCUCAACGCAUUCUACAGAGGAUUCCUCCCAAAUUACCUACGUCAAGCACCACAGUCCGUCCUACUGCUGGUGUUUUGGGACGCCCUGAUAGACAUAAAUGACAGCUAUAUAGUACAAGGAUGAGAAAGACCGAGAUUGGUUUUAUAAUGCAGAGUCUGGAAUGGAGUACAAGCGCGGAUCAUCGUACUUUCGGACAAUUGGGUGAUCAGCCUGCCAUGUCCUAAACAAACUAGAGAUCGCAAUGUGUUUUAAGUGACAUGUCUCCAUCGGGAUUCUAAUCCGGGAUCUUCGGAUCGUGAGCUCAAUGCUUGACCACUGGAACGCGGAAGCCAUGUAUGUUACUUUGUAAAAGUUUCGCUGGCUAUAGCCAAUGAUGCCGAUGGAGGGGAUACGCGGAGGUGAGAAAAAAAAAGCUGAGAAAAGGACGGCUUGGUACUCCAUUGGCCUAGGGUAACCAUGACUGCAAAUCUGCCUCUGAUGACACCGCAAACAAGAAGACCCCGCGGUCCAGCUGGCCUUCCUGAGCUGUGAACUCUGUGCGUGCGUUAAGAAAAACAACUUCUGCAGCUUAAUGGUACUCGCGCAGUAAAAAACAUGCUAACGUCACUCAAAACUGCGUAGCGUAAUACCAUUGUUGAGUGCCUUUUUGAAAAGUUUCAUUCUGAUCAUGAUUAAGAUGUGAUUUUCUUCCUCUCCAAUUAAUUCCAAGCAGGCAAAAAUUUAAACCACAAUUUUUUUACUUGGAUUGAAACUAUGUUAGCGAGAUUUUGCUGAAUGUGUUUUGUCAAAAAGGCGCUUAUGUGGUUUUCACUAUAAGGUGACGCUAUAG